UCCCUCCUGCCUACUAUGCAUUUGUCCAUGUCUUUUCUCAGUUCAUAACACACACACACACACACACACAAAUUUAGCUCUCAAAACUAGAUAAUGGGGUGGCAAUCAUUCUCUUUAAUUCUUUACCAAAAUAUCUCCUUUUAUAGCUUUGUUUCAUUAGCUAAAUCUUGUUGUGUACACCAUCAAAAAACAUGUCUUUUGUUAGUGAUUUGACUUCAUUUCCCUUAUCUCUGCAUACCCUUUAUAAAAUCUUGAUUUCCCAUAUCUAAAAAUCAAAACUUUUUGUCUUUUUAGUUUCAAGAAUCACUCAGUUUGUAAUAUAAUGGAAAUUGAUUUGAACCAUGAAGUUUAUAAUAGUAGUAAUAACAAUAAUAAUAAUAAUAAUACUAGUGUUGAUGAUUCAUGUGAAAUUGGUGGUGAUUCAUCUUUAUCAGGGUCAUCAAAUUCAUCAAAAACUUCUAGUGAUUUCAAAUCAAAAUCAUCAUCAAUAUAUAUGGAACUUUGGCAUGCUUGUGCUGGACCUCUGACUAGUUUGCCAAAUAAAGGAAAUGUAGUUGUGUAUUUCCCACAAGGUCAUUUGGAGCAAAUUGCAUCUAACUCAACUAUUCACUUUUCUCCAAAUGAAGUUCCUUCUUUAGGCCUUCAACCUCAAAUCUUUUGCAAAGUUGUUGAUGUCCAUUUUCUUGCUAACAAGGAGAAUGAUGAAAUCUAUACAAAGCUAACUCUACUCCCAUUACCAGAGGGGAGUGCUAAGAAUGUGCAAGAAGGGGAGGAAGAAGGCGGUGGGGUGACAAUUACAAAAUCAACACCUCAAAUGUUCUGCAAAACACUGACCGCAUCCGAUACAUCCACACACGGUGGAUUCUCCGUACCUAGAAGAGCAGCUGAAGAUUGUUUCCCACCUCUGGAUUAUAAGCAGCAGAGGCCCAGCCAAGAGCUAGUUGCUAAGGACCUUCAUGGAGUGGAGUGGAAGUUUAGGCACAUUUAUAGAGGUCAGCCGAGGCGACAUUUGCUUACGACUGGGUGGAGCAAUUUUGUAAGCCAGAAGAAUCUUGCUUCCGGGGAUGCAGUUCUCUUUCUAAGGGGCGAAAGUGGUGAACUAAGGCUGGGAACUCGAAGAGCCACUCGACCAAGAAACUUUCUUCCCAAUACAAUCUUUCUCAACUCAAAUUCUUUCACAGACAUAGUUGCCCCUGUAGCUAAUGCAGUAUCUACCAACUCCACCUUUGAUGUGUUCUACAGUCCGAGGUCUAAUCGAGCUGAUUUCAUUGUUCCUUAUGUCAAGUAUAUGAACUCCAUCAAGAAUAUGAUCACGAUUGGAACAAGGUUUAAAAUGAGAUUCAGUAUGGAUGAAUCUCCUGAAAGAAGGUUUAGAGGAUCCGUGAUUGCUGUAGGUGAUAUGGAUCCAUACAAAUGGCCUAAAUCAAAAUGGAGAUGCCUAACGGUGAGGUGGGAUGAAGAUGUUGGUAACCAUAAUCAAGAACGAAUAUCUCCAUGGGAUAUUGAUCUCUCUGGCGCGUCUAUGCCACUUUUGAGCAUCCAGUCGUCUCUAAGAUUCAAAAAACUGCGGUCAAAUCUGCACUCAACUCCAUCUGAACACCCUGUUGCUGCAUGGGGUGGAUGUUUAGACUUUGAGGAAUCCACAAGAUCCUCUAAGGUCUUGCAAGGUCAAGAAAAUGUAAGUGGUAAGAUGAACAACUCGUUGAACUUGGGGGUACAACCUUUGAUGCAUCCAGGGUUUACUCCAAACCAGAUGUUAUUAGCGGGAAGAAGUAUAGAUAUGGUCGGCAGUCAUCAUCUGCCUGUUUCCGCCACCCAUAACCCGGCCUUUCUGGGAUCUAACAGUACCAGAUUCCCAAAGGUCUUGCAAGGUCAAGAAAUUUGUUCACUGAGAUCCUUAACUGGGAAAACAAACGGUUUUUGGAGUCAACCUAGAGUCAAUCUUAGCUCGCAUCAAAGCCUAAAUAAUCCCAGUUUUUAUCCACUUGGUUCUGAAGGUUCUAGGAACUUCUGUUUUCCAAAUCCGGCUCCUGUCAUGCCCAUGAUUGGGUUCCCAUUCAAUCACGCCCCUGUAGGAAGUGAAGUUACAAGGGAUGAUAAUACUGGGCUAAAGCUACAACUACAGCCCAACCUUUCUGUUGAACUUGGAAAAACGGCCGUUGAUCCGACCAUAGAAGGUAACUCAGGAAGUGAGAAAGAGGAUGGUGGUUCUGAUAGCAACGGGAGUAGUAGUUGUAAGCUAUUUGGUUUUCAUUUAAAUGGUGUACCUCCAAUGGCAGACGCUCAAAGUUUAAGCAAGAGAAGUUGCACCAAGGUUCAUAAACAAGGAAGCAAGGUUGGAAGGGCCAUUGAUCUCUCCAAAAUGUCAAGUUAUCAUGAGUUAUUUAGUGAGUUAGAGGCGCUAUUUCAGAUGGAAGGCAUUUUGAGCAGUCGUGAUGGUGCCUGGCAACUGUUGUACACCGAUGAAGAGAAUGACAUGAUGGUUGUUGGUGAUGAUCCAUGGGAUGAGUUUGCAAGGAUGGCUACAAAGAUUCACAUAUAUACCAAGGAAGAAGUGGAGAAACUGAUGAGCGGUGGUGUCAUCAGUGACGACACUAGUUGCUUGGAGGAAGCACCCGCCAUGGUGGAUACCGCCAAGUCUUUAUUGGUGGGAGUGCCGGUAUAAUUGGGUUGCUGUUUCAGAGUACGCGUUUUAUGUUAAUAUUUCGCGCUAAGCAGACAAGUAUGUAAGCUUUAACUUUUGUAGCUGAGUGACUUGUGUGUUGUUGUUAAUUUGUAGACUUUGGUUUUCUAAUGCACCUAGAUUCAUCAAGCACAAUAAGCUUUGUUGUAAUAGCGCUACUAGGAAUAACUUCUAUUUAGGGUAACAUAGUAUAUACUUGUUUCUUUAA